AUGUGUUUCCUGAGUUUCAGCGGAAAUGAUACUCGUCAUGACUUCGUGCGCUUGCUCCGUGACGCCUUGGUAGGAGCCAAGCUCCGUGUAUUCUUGGAUGAAUCUGAAAUCAAGGUGGGUGAUGAGAUUGCUAAGAAAAUCCUACAAGCUAUCGAUGAUUCCAAAAUCUACAUACCCAUCAUCUCUGAAACUUAUCCUGACAGCAAAUGGUGUCUUAUUGAGCUUGCACACAUGAUGAACGAUGUGUCUCAGGCAGAGAGUAGUAAAAGGAUUUUCCCCAUCUUUUAUAAACUGAAACCUGCAGAAGUUGAAGCUCGGACUCCACGCCCGCAGAAUCCUUCCUCUGAAGUCGAACUUAGGGCGUUCAAAGAGGCUCUUGCAAAAGUUGGUGGAAUCAAGGGAUGGAAGGUCGAGGAGCUACAUAGGUAA